CAGGCGCCCAAAGCUCGCACCGCUUCGAGAUGACGUCGAGGGUUACGACGCGGUCGACGGACUCAAAAGCCGCAAUGACACCCAGAGCUCGCGAUGCGAUGCAAUGACUACGAGAGCAAAUUGCGAGGCCGAUGACAUCGAGGGCGUCUUGUCUAUGGGGUGGGUCGACGAGCCCCGAGGCUUGAGGCUGAUGGUGAGCCGGUGCCAACUCCCACAGGUACACGCGCGCGAGGACACAGCUGAUGUUCGACACGUAGAUGCGAGGCGAGCGCAAUGGGCUGAGCGAUUAGGAAGGACGGAGGGUGCAAUGCGCACGGUCUGACAUCAGCGCAGCGGCGGUCCGCGCGGACCCACCAACGACACAGCCACCACUCCGCUUGGACACUCCACCGGCGAUCGCCGGGCGCCCUUAUAAGCCGGACGUCGUGCCAUCGCCCCAGAUCUCCACGCAUCUUUUCGCCUGCAGUCACCAUGUCCAACGUAUACUUCGACAUCACGAAAGACGGCGCGCCCCUCGGCCGCAUCGUCUUCAAGCUCUUCGACGACGUCGUCCCCAAGACGGCGAAGAACUUCCGCGAGCUCGCGACCGGCGAGCACGGCUUCGGCUACGAGGGCUCCUCCUUCCACCGCAUCAUCCCCAACUUCAUGCUCCAGGGCGGUGACUUCACGCGCGGGAACGGCACCGGCGGCAAGUCCAUCUACGGCGAGAAGUUCGCUGACGAGAACUUCCAGCUCAAGCACACCAAGCCGGGCAUCCUCUCCAUGGCUAACGCUGGCAAGAACACGAACGGCUCCCAGUUCUUCAUCACCACCGUCGUGACCGGCUGGCUCGACGGCGCGCACGUUGUCUUCGGCGAGGUCGUCGAGGGCAUGGACAUCGUCAAGCAGAUCGAGGCGCUCGGCACCGCGUCCGGCACCCCCAAGUCGCAGGUCAAGAUCGCCAAGUCGGGCACCGUCUAAGUGCUCCGGCUCGCCCAUCGUACCCUGACACAUCGGGGUAUGCGCACCGGCGUCUGGAGAGCGAGUGUGUGGUGUCGAGGGCCGCUGCUUGCGGGAAGGACGCGGGACUUGUAGUCGUUAAAGUUGAAAAGAAAAGCAGCAGAUUGUAAAUUUUGUGAUAUUAUAUUCGGGUAGCUGGAGCUUUCUGUGUGGGCCUGUGUGAUGUCCGUGGCCUCCCGACGAAACGAAAUGAGACCGCGCA